CUGUUUGACCCACCUUUGUAUCCGCUUUGUCCAGAUUUGACUAAGACCGCCCCCUUUCCUCUGAUUGGUUGCCCCUGUCUUGGGACUGCGUUGACAGCGCUGGCUUGGGGGCGGAGAGCAAGGCGGAGAACUUUGCUAGUGACGUCGAUUAGCGCAAGAAAUGCAGAUGAGCUGAUUUCAGGUCUCUCGGCACAAAAAUGUCUGGAACUCAGGAAUGCGUGGACCAUUUUAAUAUAUAUAUAUAUAUAUAUAGGGCUUUGAAUCAUAUUUUAAAAAAUUACAAUUAAUUAAUACAAUUGUAAACCAUUUUGCUUUGCGGUUGUAUUUUAAAUUGAUUGUGCUCUGGUGAAACAUGUACUAUAUAUAUUGUCAUUUCCCAGUGCUGGUGUACUUAAACGUUUGUCCACAAGAGGGUAGUCACAUACUUGAUUGUGAGGGACCUAAAGUUCGAUGAGUGGAACAACUGCAAUUGAUAAUGUCCCUGUGCGCCGUCAUGUUCCUAUAGUAUUUAUUGAAUUGUCUUUGAUGUGCUUUUGACAACCCAAAUGAAAGCUUGCCUCCUGCUGCCACGUGUGACCGUGAAACAACAACAAAAUGUCAACGUCAGCGUCAUCAUCACGAAACACUUUUCGCCAUGUGCAGCAGUUAACAGACAUUUUGUCCCUCAACAUGAUUUCAUUGAAAUUGGAUUGAUAAUAGUGGUAUGGUUACUCGGUGUUGAUGAGUACUUCAGUGUAAAUACCGUACCCGUAGUAAUAUCGGUGUUGAAAAAGAAUGGUAUCGAACAGCCCGACUUUUUAGGACUGAACCAUCACCGGCAUGCACUCGUAACACGGCUGUGGUGGCCAUUUUUUGUAUUUGUAAUUUUUGUGCAGGUGCUCAGCAUGAGGUUCACCUCAAUGUAGGAUGUCAGGAUGGCCGAGCGGUCUAAGGCGCUACGUUCAGGUCGUAGUCUACUCUGUAGGCGUGGGUUCGAAUCCCACUUCUGACAAUGUUGUUUUUCUAAGCAAUUUGACGUUUAAAAUGAUUUACAGUCGCCAUAAGGGUAACUUUUUCACUCCAUGUCUCCGUGCAGCGAGGCUUGUGACGUCAUCACCUCCGGCUCCUCCCCUAAAUGAGGCAAACCUCGAUACACACUUCGAAGACACGGCACAUCUCGUAACGUCACUUUUGAAGACCCUCAGCGUCAUGAUGUCACCUGCAGACAAAAUUCGAAGGUCACCAUGCGGCGCUGGUGGACGGGCUUUCUGGUGGCCUCGGUUUCCAUGGCAACCCCAACAAUCUGCCAAGGCGGGGACGGCGAUUACGGUUCAGGCUUUGACAUUCAUUCCUCCGUCACGGCCGCCGAGGAGCCCGCGAAGGCAACGACGGAGCCCGCCUCGGUCUCGCCGUCGCUCGCCCCGGAAGAGACCUGCUCGGUCCGCUUCGGCACCCGACCGGUUUCCGCCCGCGUUCCGAAGGCUCGGGAGGAGGAGGUGGCCUACCUGCGGGCCGUCCAGCGCGCCAACGAGGCGGUGACGGAGAACCUGGCGCAGUACGUCGCGGCCGAGCUGGGGGACCGGAGCUACGAGGAGGCGAUCGCCGCCGACCCGGCCGGCGUCCCGGAGGAGCACCGGAGCUGCCGCCGGGUCCUGGAGAAGGCCGAGGAAGACCUGGACAAGCGGCUUCGAGGGGGCGUCCUGGAAACCCUCGCAGGCAUGCACAAAAUCCGAGAAGAGUCGGCGGCCUUUGACGACAUGCUGCGGGCGGCGGCCGACAUCGCCGGGCGACUGGAGAGCCGGUCGCAAGCCCUUCACGCUUCCUGCGCCAAACAGCUGAGAGACGCCGUCAAAAUCCACGGCUAAGAC